AUGAACAACAGUCUCCUGACUCUGUUCUGCCUCGUCGAUGGCGAAGCGACCCCGUUUCCUGUCAAGAUCGAGUCUACAGAGACAAUCGGUGAUCUCAAGAAAGCCAUCAAGGCCGAGAAAACCAUCGCUUUCACCGAUUCCUACAAGAAGGACCGCAAGGAAAUCUCGUUUGCUGAUAUCCCAUCGAAUUCGAAGGAGGAACUUGAUGGGACAGACGAUGUCUCUGAUGUCUUUAAAGAAACACCGCCCAAAAAAACAAUUCACAUCACUGUCCAGCGACCACAACCAGUCCAUGCACCUGUUCCUGCCCGAGUUCUUACCCCUGUUCUAUCAACUCCCUCUGAUGUCUCUCGUCCUGGCGACCUCCGCGCUGACAUCAAAAAGGUCGCGGACCGAUUCUUUGCAACUGGAUCUCCAGCCUCUGACUUUCUGGACACGUAUGUGCGGGGUGAAAACGCGCUGCCUGUAACUACCAGUGGGAUCAAGGGCUGCCUAGAGUUCUACGACGAGGCGUUGUUGACAGCCAGGAUUCAGGAACAAACUCACGAGCGAAAGAUCCACGAGCUCUACCACUGCCGCGGCACGAAGAGCGACCCUUGCAGCCAGUCUAUCAAAGGAACACAGAACUGGGAGCUGCACCAGAAGCGGCAUCGACCAUAUCCUUGUCCCGAGCCAGACUGUGAUAAAGGAUUCACCCAGCUCAGGACCCUUCGUGCACACCAGAAGAUCCAUACACGCAACAACGAGCCCCGUUCCAACUCUCAGUCCUCAGCAAAUCAGAUUCCUGUUGCUCCACCUCCAGAGCCCCUCCUCGAUAAGGAGACUACGAUCCCGAUCCCGAAUGAGUUCAGGGUCGCGGUCGUGUACAAGGGAUCUCCAACCCAAGGGAUCGAACUGACAACAAAGUGGUACGAGUUCAUCUAUGAGCCAGGCACGACGCCUUUGGAGACAGAUGGGCCCAAGUCACGGACUUGUCUGGGUUGUGGCAAGACCUGCAGUUUGGAAAACUGCAAGGUUGGAGUCUUCCGCGACAAGAGCUGGCUUUUCUUGGAUUUGGCCCUUGACAAACGGAUCGAGUACAUGCUCUAUUGGUCCGACCCAGACAGGCGUGAGGAAGGAUUCCGAAAGGCGGAUGCCAUUCUCCUGGAGCUCUUUGAAGGGAUUAGUCUGGAAGAGGAGAUGAGGGUUGCCUUUACGGAUCACGACGAGUAUCGCUGGCGGACCUUUAAUGGUAACAAGCGCAACAAGAAAGAACGUAUUGCCUGGAAUAAGUACGAGUGGCGAUACUUCCUGCGAGUGUGCAAGGGGAUCGACCUUUGCUCUGGUCUCUCUAUGGCGAAGAUUGGUCAGCCAGGAAAUAUCGAUCGACUCUCCAGCGACGGACAGUACCGACUCGGAGCCUGCAUCUAUAUUCCUCAAGGUCUGAACUUUGCAAAGGAAUUGCUGGACGACUUCAAGACCUCAAAGCUGUUUCAGGGGACCGAUCUGGAGAACUGUCGAAAAGGCAUUAAGAUGCUCCGCGACUUGAUGAUCGAGACUGCGGAGAAAAUGAAGCAUCGUCUUCCCAAGCUACUGGAAGAACAUGCGGCACUUAUUGCAGGUGUCGAGGAUAGCGACCACAAAGAUGUUCAAGCAGUAGAAGAAGUUGUCAAGAACAUUUACGAUCAAUACGAAACCGGUCGCGACAACGCCUUGGAAUGCUACAACAGCCAGGGAAUGGUCAACAACAUUGACAACACGGUCGAAUAUGGGGAGGAUGCUCCCGAAUCUGGUUACUUUACUUCUCCAGAGAUCGACCUAUGGGAGUCCGAGGAGGAGGCUGCGUCUUCUUUCUGGAUGUUCGAUAGCAUUGACGACGAUGACUCUUUCUUUGAACUGGACCAUGACUUGGCCACUCCGAUGCAGUCCUUUGGCGCUCUGAAAGAUGCUCGCCGGAGUGACGACAAAACGUUCCAGAAAUUCAUUGACGGCAGGUCGGCCGAGUUCCAUUCAAGUUCAUCUUUUCACGACCAUGAUAUAUCUGUCUCUUUGGAAAAGAGGGAUGACGGCAUCCUCCGUCCCAAAAAUUUCCAUGCACGUUCUCUAGGAUCUACCGUCCAGAGCCACGUUCGAACUCCUACAUUCGAGUACAGCAAGUCAUCUAGGAGCAACACAACUUUGGUCGAACAUGUGCAGAAAAAGGCAAAAUCCCAAUUGGAUACGACCAAGGCUCCGCAGAAAAAAAUGGCUACAAAGUUGAAAACGGUCAAGAAAGUACAGUGGACAACCCACAAAUAUUCUGUCCUAUCGAAUAUCCCAUCUGUUUCCACGCCCUUGCAGCAACCUCUCAUUAGCGACUUCAUGUUCAAGGGAGGCAAGGAGAAUCGCCCUCCUAGACUGCUUUGA